AUGUCGAAUAUAGACCUGCAGUCGCUGAAGGAGACGGACCCGGAUGCCUGCCAAGAUGGAGGAGACAUGAUGACGUAUUUUGACGCGUGGUCCUGGCCGAUCUACAACCCGUGUCGUAGUACCAAAGGCCUUGCGGAUGCCGGGAACGUCUUUUGCAUCAGAAUGGACGGCGAGCGAGGGUGUUUCGCCUUCGGGCCCCCCUAUGGCUUUGACCUUGUGGCUGUGCGUCAAGGCAUCAACGAUUACUGGACUCCUAAGGAGUGUGGCAUUGUGUGCUACGAUCCGAAGAAGGCCACCCAGGUCCUGGAUCGCGCACUGGUGGAACGACUCGGUGCAGGUCUGUCAGGUCCGAACCUGAACAUUACCGCAUUGAACACGCAGUUGAACACGGAGGCUCUUGUUGCCCUGAAGCGCGAGGUACUCGGACGGUACCCCCUGGACCCCGAGUGUUCAGUGGGCUGCGAGGGCUGUCUUGGAGACAGCUCUGAGGACGCCGUCAAUCAACUACUCAAGUGCUUUUGCGACUACGUCAGCGUCCACUGCGAUGGCAUUGACAACGAAGGCCUGGACACGCCCAUGGCCAGCUCAAAUGCUGGUUUCAACACGACCGUCGGUCAGGUUCUGUCACAGCUGCAAGGCCCGAAAGACUCGAAAAGAGUCGACUCCUGUCUGGUCGAAUGCCGACGAGCACAACAAUAG